AUGGAGUCGCAACAGUCCCAAGGCUCACGCAGCCCGUCCAUGUCGUCCAUGUCACUUCCCCUCGGCCGACGUCGGUCCCGCAGCUCGAUGGCAACGACCCAGACUGAGCGAGAAUCGAUGAAUACAGCUCUCGAUCACAUACAUAAUGCAGCUUAUCAAUCCGAAUCACUCACUCUGUUCGAAGAGUUUACCAGCCCCCCGCUACCGUCCUCAGUAUCUGACGAGAAAGGCUUAUCCGAAGAGCUGCAAGGUGGACUAAGCGGCCUAUACAGUCGAUUUAGGACUUCCGUGGGAGGAGUGAGGGAUAUCGUCAGUGGCGGAAAGCCUACAGACAAGCAUGCGGCUGAAACAUCCACGGCCAAGAGUCCUGCGUCUGAGCGCUCGCUGGUCAAGCCUGCCUCAGAAGCAGCCAGUAGCUCGGUUGAUCACCUACCGUCACAGCCCACCUCUUUGCAAGGAUCAAGACUUCAGUCGCCUGUUGUAGCAAGCUUCCAAUCUCAGCAAGAUCCCGUACCACCGACAGCAACGGGGAGAAGAUCAAGGAUAUCCUCUAAAAGUGGCAGCGUAUCUUCAAAGACAUCCAUUCCCCCUUCCCCUGGGAUCAAGCCUGGUAUUGCGCCGUUGACGAAGGCGACUGGAACCGCCGUUGCCGCAGAACCAACCAUCACCCAACGACAUGUCAACGUUAUGGGAGAGCCCCAUCACUCAAGAAGUAGCUCCGUUAAUGUCCCGUUCCAAGCUCCAUUUUCAGGAGUUCACAGCGCAGAGUCAACAAGCAUCGGCAGCAAGGAUGGCGCUGUGGACCUUUCUAUGAGUCAGACGUCCUCCUUGUUGAACCAGAACCUUUCCAAUUCGCCGGUGCUAUCUGGAAAGAUACACGACAGCCAUGAGGACCAGGGCCAACCUAACCCCAAAGAAUUACAUGUCUCGGCCACUCACACUUCAGACAAUCAGUCUCGAAAAUCAGUCUCUACUGAUUCACAAAGACCGCCUGAAAAUGCAUCACAAACUGCCAUGCUUAGAAGUAAUAAGCUGGCCGAGCCAAUCCAGGACCAUGUGUUUCAGCGCUUGGGAGACAGAUCGAAUUCGCGGACAUCUUCUCGUUAUGACGAGUCGCGAGCUUCAAUAUCUGCCUCCACUAGUCUCUCAAGACUUUCUUCCCGUGAUGAAUCGACGUAUCACCCAGAACAGUCUUCCACCAAGCCAGCGACUGUCUCUCGCGAAGGCCCGGAUGCCAAUGAGCCACCCAAGAUCAUUUUCCCAGAUCAAGCAAGUGGCAAAAAGAUCCCAGCCCGACCUGGGCGACUUCCUGGCUAUGAUAUGUCACGAAUGUCCACGGCAGGGACCAUGACCACGAUGUCCUCGUUGCCUCCGUUGAAAACAAAGAUCGAUCAGGCUACCAGUAAGCCCUCGCAACCAAGCCGUCAACUGACUGCCGGUAGUGAUGGUGUUCUAUCUCAGUUAAGAAGUAAAUUGCUUAGCAAAGACUUCUGGAUGCGCGACGAGAAUGCCAAAGACUGCUUCCACUGUGGCGAUCCUUUUACCACAUUCCGCCGAAAACACCAUUGUCGAACCUGCGGUCAAAUUUUUGAUUCAAAAUGUACUCUGCUCAUUUCAGGGGCGCGGUUUGGCCAACCUGGUAGCAUCCGAGUCUGUAACCCUUGCGAAAAAAUGAUCAAUGCCCAUGAUGAUGAUUCUUCUGAGUUCUCGGAUAGUGAGCAAAGCCCCAUAGUUGCCAACCCGCGGGUUGCUGAACUCGGCUGGGGCAAUAAUACAAGGGCACCAGCAGAUGACGAUGAUUCAUCCUCUAUCAUAUCCCAGUCAAUUGAUCAUGUUCUCAGAACCCCAACAAUGGCCAUACCGGCCACACGGCGUGCUGGUGAGGGUCACAACCGCCGGUCGGCGGUCCUUGAAAUCAACCCUGAUCGCCCGUUGGCACGACCUACUUCUUCGCGGUCACUGCGGUCCUCACUUGGUGCAAGACCGCAUUCUAUGAGCCACAAGCGUCAUCAUUCUCGUCAGCAGUACAUUCGGGGCUUCAAGACACAUGAAGACCGAGCACCUUUCCAACGCCGACAUGCAGAUGACUCCGGCUUUGAAUCCCGGUUACCUGCUUUUCACAAAGAUAACAUCAUUGACCCUGAUCUGGCUCAAUAUCUUUCUGAUGAUGCAUCAAGUGGCGACGAGCAACCUAGCCUUUUAUCUGCCGUUUCUGAGGGCGCUCUGUCUAAAAGUGGUGACGGCGAGAGAGCCUCCUUUGGCGGGCUGCUAGCCUCGCUGAAAAAGAGCCGCUCUGCUUUUGGGGACCGAAGUACUCCUAGCAUGAAUAAAGACCCGGAUGAAGCCAGUAUCACCAGCUCUAGAGCUGUGAAUCUUCCCCGUUCAUCUCGUCGUCGGAACCUGAGCGUGGCAAGCAGUAUGCACCGCCAUUCGCCAAGGACGUCAAAGGACAUGCUCCAUGAUGUCUCUUUGCCACCGGCUCCUUUGCCUCUCAAUCUCAAAAAUGCUGGGUUUAAGAUGACCCGGAGCUCAUCAAUGAGAGGCCAUGGAGCACCGCCAGUUGAACUGAACCGAGUGAGCCUAGAGCAUGUCAGAAAGCUUCUCCAUCAACUUCUUGUGGAGUCCGCCAUACCUAGCGGUGAUAGUUGGGAGAAUGCCCUAAUACCAAUCUUGUUGAAGGCGGCAGAUGAAGUCGACCCAGAUGUACAACGAGGAGAUGACAUGGAUAUCCGUCACUACGUCAAAUUGAAGAAAAUCCCCGGUGGUAGGCCUGGGGAUACUGCUUACGUAUCCGGUCUCGUCUUUACAAAAAACUUGGCCCUGAAAAGCAUGCCAAGAAGCAUCCCACGUCCAAACAUCUUGAUUAUAACCUUCCCUCUCGAAUAUGCUCGUCAGCAACAACACUUCAUGAGCCUCGAGCCUCUCAUUAGACAAGAGCGUGAAUUUUUGGAGAACCUUGCCAGUCGAAUCGCAGCAUUGCACCCAAAUUUGCUUUUGGUCGAAAAGAAUGUUUCUGGCCUGGCGCUUGAACUCCUCGAGAAAGCCGGUAUUGCAACUGCGUACAAUGUGAAGCCAUCUGUUCUUGAGGCUGUAUCGAGAUGUACACAGACUAGGAUUGUCACAUCCAUGGACAAGCUAUUGACAACCACGUUGCAUAGUGAUUGCAGCAGCUUUGACGUGAAGACCUAUGUCCACAGCGGUCGGAAGAAGACCUAUAUGUAUAUCUCUGGCUGCCCGAAAGAGCUCGGUUGUACCAUUGUCCUGCGCGGCGGCGAUGACGAAGUUCUUGGGAAAGUGAAGAGGAUCACUGAGUUCAUGAUCUACGUUGUUUACAAUCUUCGAUUGGAAACCUGCGUCAUGCGAGAUGAAUUCGCACAGAUACCGACCUCACCAACAGAAGAGCAGGUGAUAGCGGAGAAAGACAAAAAAAUCACGUCACAGGCUACUAACGAGAGUGAGACUCAGAAUGAAACCGACGAGAAGAUUGGCGAUGCCUCUGACAGCCAAAUCCUCGUCCCACCUGAUGCCACGCAAGUCCCAGACGAUAUUCCAAUGCCGAAUUAUUAUGACGAUAUAGUCCAAGAUCAUCAGACCAAGAUUCUUUCUGCCUCACCUUUCGUCAAAUUUGAACCUCCAUAUCUUCUGAUGCGUACCCGAGAAAUGGAACGCAGACUCGCCUAUCUGAAACGCCUCCGUGACCAAGAUGGCAACUCUGACGAAGUCAUAGAUGAAAAGGCCAAGCCGCAAAAGUUCGUUCUUAUCACCCCAGAAAUGGUUCAUCAAUCACCGCGAGACGCUCCAGCAAAGAUCAAGGAAGUGUUGCGUGCUGCUCAUGAUGCGGAGUAUGACCGAGCGCUGUAUCACUAUCAAACUCAAAAGCGCCAGUGGGAGGCUUAUGUUGCGGGAAACGCCAACAUGUUUGAUCCCUAUUCACACCAGAACCUCGUCGUUCUAUACAGCCUCGUGUGCACAACAACCUCAGUGCCUUGUUCUGGACCGGACGUCUUUGCUCUAGAGUUCUACAAUGAGCAUGGCGACGACGUUAUUUUUGAGUCCGACCUCACAAUUGGGCAGUAUGUUGAAGACCUCUGCCACUCAGCCAAUGCUGUUUGCACCGUCAAUGGCUGCGAGAAACGAAUGUUUGAACAUCAUCGUCAGUAUGUUCAUGGUGAUGCGCAAAUCAGUGUGCUGGUUCAGCCCUAUCCAUCCAAAUUGCCUGGUCUUCAGGAUAUUGUGUUGAUGUGGAGUUGUUGCAAGAUCUGCGGCAAUGAAACUCAAGUGACCCCAAUGUCGGAGAGCACGUGGAAGUACUCCUUCGGAAAAUACUUGGAGCUAUCCUUUUGGGGCAGAAAUUUGCAUGCUCGUGCCGGGGUUUGCCCCCACGACCUACAGCGAGAUUAUAUACGCUAUUUCGGCUUCAAAGAUGUUGCUUUGCGAGUACAGUAUGAUCCCAUUCGUCUCCUUGAGAUCAUCGUUCCUCGCCCACGUGUCACUUGGAAGGUGGACAAUGACCUGAAGUUGAGAAACGAAGUCUAUCUCCGUACAGAGCAGCGUAUCAAAUGUUUCAUGGCAUCUGUCAAUUCUCGUUUGAAGGGCAUCAAUGUCGACAGUGUUGUUCCUGAGUUGGUAGACAGCUGCAAGCUGGAGAUUGAAUCCUUGAUCAAAAAGGGUCAUGAAGAUCACAAUACCUUGAUCUGGCACCUGCAAGACAAAUACACAGGCUCUCGCUAUUGGGAGAUCAUACCGCUGAAUGAGGUGCUUCGUGCGGUGCAAGAAAAGGUUGUGGAAUGGGACACCACCUUUGCUGAUUUCGAGAAGAACUUCUUCCCUUCUGAAAAGGAUAUCAAGCACAUGGCAACCCUACAGCUCAAAAAGAUAUUCCUUGACAAGGACGCCACAUCAGUCUCCCCAGAAGAUCCUCUGCGAGCUCCAACCGAUGCGGAUGAUGAAAUCGAUGAAGAAGUCGAUAGGCCACGGAUGAUGAGGCGCAUGACACUUUCCCCGGAAAAGGCACAGAAUGUACUGGUCUCGGUUGUUGAAGAACAUGCUGGCAAAAAGCACCGUGAGGAGUUCCCGGGAACUGAGAUACCCUCCCAUCCAGAAUCAACCGAAGAUGGAUUGUCAGUCGACGCAGUCAAUGGCAAAAGGUCUUCCCCGCAAGAUGAAGCUGUGUCACAGGAAGAAGUCCGCCAUCUUGACUUAGCCGUUCCUUCAGGUCAAUUGGAACGGGGCCCGGUUGAUACCAAUCUCAGUUCAAACCACCCGUUGCCCGACCCCGAUUUUCCUGCGAUGGAAAUUACCGACGGAUCGUCGGAAUCGCCAUCACCAAAAACGUCUGUAUUCCCCAAAGCAAAAUAUAGCGGAAAAGAAGAUAGCGAAACCACCCUGCCAAGCACCCCAAUACGUCGACCUUCAGCGAUCCCCCGUCCUACCGAAGCAGCGUUUCGACGCUCUGGCAAAGCACGGUCUCCUCCGCUCUUGCGUGCUCAAUCCCAGCCCGCGAACAUUGCGAGGGACAGGAAUAUCAGCAGCAUUGCACUCCCAAGCCUGAAAAUGGCAACCACCAACCCAAUUGAACUUGACAAACCUGGAGGGGAGUCCCCCAAGUCGGACAAGAAGUUGAGCGACCGUUUGGGCUUGAGUGCCCUUAAAAAUGCUCGGUUUGCUUCAGGUCACUCUCUUAUCCCACGGUCCACUCCAGGUAAGAGGGGAAGCUCGCGCGUUUCCAACCUUGCAAGGCAUUUUGAACAGUUGAGCCGAGAAUUCGAGAAAGAACGACAGCGCGAGAGACGUCAACGAGCUGCCCGAGGAACUUACUCACGUGCGUUCCCAUUGGCGUCCUCGAAGCCCAUCGUGGAAGUCUAUCGGAACGUCAGAGAGGCUGUGGAAGAGCGCGAGCCUCCGGUUGACGGCGAGGAAUCUUCGCCCCCUGCCCCGCGGAUCCCAAUGGAUGACUUGAGCCGUAAAAGCGAUGAAUUUGUCAAUGAGACACCUCUUGAAGAGCAUCACAAACAUCCUUUGCCAAAGCACUCACCCACUGAGCCUACCGAGGCAGAAACGGAGCAUCGUCCUGAUGCCCAGCUGUUCUCUGAUGCCGAGCCAGACGAUGGCCAAAGUGAUGAGGAUCGAACCAUGACUGAGGACCUUCAUCCGGUAGAUUCACACGAAGAAACCAAGAACUCGGCAGAAGACGAAUCAUUGGAUUUCAAGGAUAUGCCCAAACAUGAGCGUACUACACUUUUGAAGAUGUUGACGAACUUCUGGUCUGAGCGCUCUGCGAGUGGAUGGGCAUCCCUUGAUUAUCCCCUCAGUGUUAUGGAUCACGUUUUUGCCGAUUGUGAUAUCAUCGUGCGCGAGGAUGAGCCGAGUUCUCUGGUAGCCUUUGCAUUGGACUCGUCUGACUACAAAGAAAAGCUUUCAAGCAUUCAGCAACGGUAUGACGAGAUGGAGGAAGAUCAACCAGAGCCCAAGGGUGAGAUGGAGGCCGUGAAUGAAGCACGCGUUGAACACGCUCUCUUGCGACCUACAGGCACACACCUCAAGUACCAAUUCCAAGAAGGCCAAGCCAAGAUGCUUUGCAAGGUGUUCUAUGCGGAACAAUUCGAUGCAUUACGCAAGAAGUGUGGUGUAGCAGAUCGAAUCGUCGAGUCGUUGUCCCGAUGCGCAAAAUGGGACUCAAAGGGUGGCAAGACCAAAUCAUUAUUCUUGAAGACGCUUGACGAUCGUUUCAUUCUCAAAUCACUUUCGCCAAUCGAAACACAGGCCUUCCUCAAGUUUGCUCCCGCGUACUUCCAAAUCAUGUCCGAAGCGUUGUUCCAUGAACUGCCAUCUGCGAUCGCCAAGAUGUUUGGCUUCUAUCAGGUCAUCAUUAAGAACCCCGUUACCGGAACCGAGUUUAACUGGUUCUUGCUUCUGAUGGAGAACCUGUUCUACGAUCGUGUCCCUACUCGCAUCUUCGAUCUCAAGGGCUCCAUGCGAAACCGCAAAGUGCAGAGCACCGGUGAACGGGAUGAGGUCCUUCUGGACGAAAACAUGGUAGAUUUCAUUUAUGAGACACCACUCUUCGCCCGUGAGCAUUCGAAGAAACUUCUCGGUCAAAGCGUAUGGAACGACACUCUCUUCCUUGGUCGUCAAGACGUCAUGGACUACUCGCUCAUGGUUGCCAUUGAUGAAAGCCGCGACGAGCUGGUUGUCGGCAUCAUCGACUGCAUCCGUACCUACACCUGGGACAAAAAACUCGAGUCCUGGAUUAAGGAUAAGGGCUUCGGUGGUGGUGGCCGCAACCGACCAACAGUCACUAGUCCCAGGGAAUACAAGGGUCGUUUCCGUGAGGCGAUGGCCAGAUAUGUGCUCCAAGCUCCAAGCUGCUGGCACCAAUUACAACCAAAUUCGAUGCAUCGAUACGCACAGGGCGAGAACCAAGCCACCGAAACCGAAGUGGACGACGGCUUCUUGGAAGACCCCAAUUUCUAG